GUCACGCAAGUGGUACCUACGCCAUUUUGUAAGUGUCCGCCGUAGUCAGUUUUCUGGGCAAAGUGUAAAAUAGUUAAUUCGCAUGGUUUUGUGUACAUUUGAGAGAUAAAGACAUUUCAUAUCCAAGUUAACGUCUCGUGCGUUAAAUCUACAGACACAAAGCAUGGAGGACAAGGCGUCGUUAAAAGAACUGGAUCAAUGGAUAGAGCAGCUAAACGAAUGCAAGCAAUUGACAGAAAAUCAAGUAAAAACGUUAUGCGACAAGGCAAAGGAGAUCCUGACUAAAGAGUCAAACGUGCAAGAGGUAAAAUGCCCGGUGACCGUCUGCGGGGACGUGCACGGCCAGUUCCACGACCUGAUGGAGCUGUUCCGCAUCGGAGGCCGAUCGCCCGACACCAACUACCUCUUCAUGGGGGAUUACGUCGACCGCGGCUACUACAGCGUCGAGACUGUCACAUUGCUCGUCGCUCUUAAGGUCAGAUACCGCGAGAGAAUAACGAUCCUGCGCGGCAACCACGAGUCGCGCCAGAUCACGCAAGUGUACGGCUUCUACGACGAGUGUCUGCGCAAAUACGGCAACGCGUCGGUCUGGAAGCACUUCACCGAUUUGUUCGACUUCCUGCCGCUGACGGCGCUGGUCGACGGCCAGAUCUUCUGCUUGCACGGCGGGCUCAGUCCUUCCAUCGACACGCUGGACCACAUCCGAGCGCUCGACCGCUUGCAAGAGGUGCCUCACGAGGGGCCCAUGUGCGAUCUGCUCUGGUCCGACCCUGAUGACAGAGGCGGAUGGGGCAUAUCUCCCCGUGGCGCGGGUUACACCUUCGGGCAGGACAUCUCGGAGACGUUCAACCACAGCAACGGCCUGACGCUCGUGUCCCGCGCGCACCAGCUCGUCAUGGAAGGCUACAACUGGUGCCACGACCGGAACGUCGUCACCAUCUUCUCCGCGCCCAACUACUGCUAUAGAUGCGGCAACCAAGCCGCUAUUAUGGAAUUGGAUGAUGCGCUUAAGUACUCAUUCCUGCAGUUCGACCCGGCCCCGCGGCGCGGCGAGCCGCACGUGACGCGGCGGACGCCCGAUUACUUCAUGUAGACUGCAUCGGUGGCGCAUAUCAAGCAGCGCACGCGCCGGGCGACGCCACGCACCUACGGAGCCGCCGCAGCUACGGAAUACAAUAUCGACACACACUGCCGCCGGCCCUUCGGCCAUUUGCUACUCGACGGUCUACCCCGCAAAACGAUUACAAUAUCUUCACUUUACAUGUCUCUCUCGCUCGUGUCUGUAUUCUAGGCUGAAAGAGCAGUAGGAGAAUAUAUCGAAGACGUUUUGCAGAGUAGUUCGUUUUGCAUUGUUAGGAUCUAGGCCGACGAAUGUUUUUGCAAGCAACACGAAAGUUCUAAAAAUUUUAAUAUAUCAUUGAUAAUUUACGCUACGACAUUUGACCGAUAAAACAUUCGUCGGCGCUAGAUAUUUAGGCGAGAACGGAAACCUAGAGAGAGAUUCCUUUACCGCCGCAAUAAUCGCAAAGUUGGACUUAAAAAUUACUGUAGGCACUUAUUGAUUACUCAGGAAUUAAUAAUAUUGAGUUGUUGUAUAACGGUGGUCCAGUAUGUACUCGCCAAUAGGUAAAUGUAGUAGUGAAAUCCUUUCUCUCUUGGUCGAGGCUUGGCGGUGCCAACCAUGUUUGCUACUAGUGUAUUAUCUGCAAUUCCGUGGCGUGUCCUACUUAAAAUAAUUGUCCCCUUUCCCGGUGAGAUGUGACCAUAUUUGUGCGGCAGUAAGCCCAUACAUUCGACAUCAAAGUUCGAACAUACCCAAGCGGUCAGUCGAUUUAAAAUCUAGUAAGUCUACCUACCUUGCCAAACAUUUUCGAUGUACUCUGUCCGUUUCGUUCACUCGUGUCCGUGUUUCGGGUAAAGUGAGAGAGAUGGACACAGAAAUAUCGAAAUAGUUUUGUGUGUAGUCGCAGCAGUCACACAACGUCUCCCGCGAACGUCAAUCGACUAGACCUUUCACCCGAUAGUCUACAUGACGCGUGUAAAUAUGUUCGAUACGUGUAUUACAAUGACACGUUUUUUACAACAAAAUUACAACCGCUCCGAGUGUCGAAUCACAUAGUAAAAUCCGUGAGAAUGUGCGAGUUUGAUGCCUAGUCAAUGUGUGUUCCGUAUAACAUUUCGUUCAUGAAAACUCGGGUUUUAUUGCACCGUUCUAAUUGACAGUGUUGUCUCAUUCUGACAAUUCCAUUGCUCUAUGAUGAACUGACAAGACGGUUGAUUGAAACGGUGGUGUAAAACUGAAUUUAUGUGAAAAAAUGUGGAUAAUUUCCAGUAGAUUAUCAAAAUUGCGCGAGCUCCCUCGGUCGCGCUGCGUGUUAGGAGUCGAGCGAGGUUCGGCCGCCGUCCAGGUUAUCGAGUCGUGCCUAUUCGUUUAUUAAUCGAGUAAACUAUAAUCGAUUCGAUCUAGAUCGUGCCCGAACGCUGCUCGUACGCAAAAUGGGGGGCAUGGUGCCCAGUAUUAGCCGGUUUCAUACCUGUAUGAUAUUAUCGGGCGUGUCCAUCCAUUAUGUUCCCCUGUUUCUGGCGUGAAGACAUCGUGAGACAUUUUUAUAGCGACUCGGGUACAUUCUGGCACAAUGUUAGUUUCGUCUGCAUACUCAAAGGUAAUAUUCACAGAUCCAGACGCGUUCGCGUCGAGUGUCUCGCGAUGUCUUUUCGCUUCGCCAUCGCUAUGGUUUCCAACAGUGCAUUUCAAAUGGGGAGGAAAGUGAGCAGUCAUCCUGCGCGAAUUGUCUGUGGUACUCGACCCGCGGUUAUUGGUCGAAGCCAUUAUAUGUGAACGAAUAACCGCGGGUGCCUUGGAUAUUGAUGAAAAUAGAGUUCUUGCCGCUUCCACUGUUUCCGCUGUUGCCGAAUUUGUUAAGGUAUCCAACUGGGUAGCAAUAUGGCGUCUCGAGUACCACAGACUCGCAAGGAUGGGUGGUCCGGCCGCGGCGCCGCCCCGCUGUAGUUGUUUAUGUUGGUAUGUUCAUAGCAGCCCGGGUCGCCCUCAUUAUUGUAUGUACUAUUUACGAUGUAUCGGAUACAUAGACCUCAUUAAACAGCGUACAUUUGCUAACAAGGUAGUUUUAUUUCGCAACCGACUCACCAUCGUUCACGACCGAAUGGACAUACCACCAUACACUCGUUUUAACCCUUGGUGACCAAUUCACACACUCACCACAUUUAAUUCCCAAUGGAUCUUAUUUCGUUUCGUUCAGACUCGUAGGUGUUAGAAAGGAGCUACUUAUAACGUUGAUCUAAGUUCCAGUAAAUUGAUAAUUGUCAUUUUUUAUUAUUAUUUUUAGUUAAAAGCUUUACAUUUUAAUUGGAAUGAAUUUUACGGUUUGAUAGCUAAUUUUACGCGUACCGACAAUUUAUAAAAUAUCUCACGAGAAUACGUUUCAACAACGCUGUGUGAACAUUUGUGGUAAUAGUGAGCAUUUAAUUUUAUGUCAGGAUGGUGAAGAUUUGAUGAGGUAAUUAUCGGAGUAAAGUAUUAAGAUUAAUAUGUGACGUCCAGAGACCAUUCUGCCAUAAAAUGACUUAACAAAGUGCAUUUCGAGAUUAAUUUUUCAAAAUUCUCCUUUUCUUGUGCCACAGUACCUGUACAACAUGGAAUAAAGUGUUUCACAAGAGUGGAGCUUUAAUGUUUUUUUAUUUACUAUUUUUCAUUAAUUUUAGGUAAUUGUGUAAAUACCUAAAGAUCAAGGCAGUAAUAGGUUGUUAUAUUUUAAAAUAAGUUUCGAAUAUGUCCCCUUUCACUCAUUUCACAAUUUUAUUCUUAAACGGAAGGUAAGUAUCAAAUUAUAAUUUUUAUGUGAGUGCAUGCAGGCUGAUUUUUGAGAUAGGACAGUUUAAGAAGGUAUUUUUUAACCAUUGUUACAGAAAAAACAUUCUACAUCAUUAUACUUUUCACAUGAUUAAUUUCAUUCAUAGUUUUAAUUCAUUUGUUACCCGCGUUUUGUUCAUUUAUGAAGUUUUUUGAUGCCAUUGAUCCUGUUUCCGAUAAGGAUAAAAAUUCUUUCUCGGGACCAACUGAGGUUUGAGUACUAUAAAUAGAAUUAUAUUAUUUGUCAUAAUCAUAUGACAUUGUGCUUGGCAAAAAAAGGCUAAAUUCAAAAACUGUACAACGAGGUACAAAGUAUGUUUUACUGUAGGUACAAUGCUUACAAAGUACUUACUUUCUGUUCUAUCUCAGAAAUCCGCCCUGUAUAGUGAUUCGUUGAAAUUGAAAGGUGUUUUAUACUGAGGGAAACAUCUAUUAGGUUAUGAAUAAAUCUAAAAGUGGCAAUAUUAUUGUUUUAAAAUUUUCCUACUCAUUUAUUAGCCUAGAUGCCUAGUUUCACUUUAAAAUGAGGGUGUUUUUGAUAUACUGACAAAAGCAAUUUUAUAUUCCACGUAGCAAACAUAUACUUAUUAGAAUUACGAAGUUUCUUUUGUCAGUGCCAUCCCCUAAGAACGUUCUGGCUUAUAGAAUCGAUUUAUGGGUUUUAUAUUUUCAAAUUGCACUAUAAUUUGUAAAAAACUAAAACGCGUGAACUAAUCCAUACAAAGACUUUACCCACCAAUGACAUCUGAAGCCACACGUUACGUUGAUAUAAGUAUUAAGUAUGUUAGUUAUAGGUAAAAAAAUAAUUAUAAUACCGAAAAUACAAAAAAAGAAAUUAUGUAUGAUGUGGAGCUUCGUCCGCGUGAAAUAAGUGAUAUUGGAUCUUGAUGUUUUUGCAUGGUUGGUUCGACUGCUUUCCUAGCGUUAUUUCACCCAUUCGAAGCUCGAAAUAAUUUAAGGCUUUCCUGGCAAACCGCAUAGACUUUCAAUCCAACAUUCAAUGAAUACAAUAACUUGUGAGGAGCGAGUGUUCAAAAUGUAGUUAGAUGGAGUGCAGACUGUUGAUAUUGCGCCGUUUAUAUUUGAUAGUAUUCAAACCUCUGAGACGCUACAUGGCAAUAAUAAAA